UCACGAAUGUUGUGUGUAGAAGCUUUCAACGAAGCCAGUGAACUGUGGUACCAAAAGCAGUUCAACCCAAUUUUGUCAGUCACAAACUCACAGCCUAUUGUUUGUAUUGCUGAUUUAAAUGCAUCAGUGAUGUACUAUGUUCCUGUACACCCACUACCCAGUGCCUUUUAUCAAAUAGGUCUCUCUUUGAUUAACUCUGAGUUUGGAUGACAAAGGAUUGGUAGGCUGCUCUCUGGAGCGGAAACUUUAUUGGGCUGAAGGUUAACUGAACAUUGGUAACGCUGGAAUGCUGUUACCACACAUGAUACUUCAAACCCUUGAAAUCUUAAUUGGGUCUGGUGUCCACACUGGAAGCAGAGACCACAGACCAGUUCCAAGGAUCAAUCAGUGGUCAGUCUAUGAUUGCUUUGGUGUACUUUGACCGAAGUUUCUGAUUUUUAGUUACUGCUAGACUAGACGUCCAAAGGAUCUUUGUGGAAGCCAUUGCGCUGAUCUUUAUUGUGAAAAAGUAUUAGCAGAACAUGUUAGUCUGCGUAGUUGUGCAAACACCAUCGCCACUACUUCACCCAAGGACAUUUUUCUCGGGAUAAUAGAGACGUGAGGCUUGCUACAAAUAACAGGGCACAGCUUUCAAAUAAAGCCAUUGUGAUUCAGCUCCUGUGCAGACGAAACUGUAUUUUUCUUCGGCCGCCAUUUUUGGUUUGUCCUGGAGCGUUUCUACUGCAAUAAUAAAACCAAAGUUUCCUGAGAAUCCAGAGACGAAACAUAAAAGUCAGGCUGCCUCGAUCUGGAGCAGACACCAAAAUUGGGCUCUACUGAAUGAUAACAACCAAGAUGCAAAUCAAGAAAGAGGGAACUUUCUUCGCUAGCUAACCAGACGAGGAAAGUGUAAGAUAACUACAUGUUGGAAAAAUACAGGAAUGACCAUCAUAAAGAAGUAAUAAGGCCUUAAAAAUAGUAUCUUGAAAGACAGUAACUUUUGUAAGAAUCUUGUCUGAAAAACAACAAACUUAAACCGGUGUCGUCAUCUCAUCAUUUCUUCCUCUCUCAUCCUCGGGGAAAAACACAAAAGAGACCCUCGUAGUUUGCCUUCGGGCAAUACAAAUUAAGACUAUUUGAUUCCAAUCAGCUUAAGGAAGUAUCUCACUUGAGGAAAUCCAAGUAGUGAGUGAGCGCAGCUGCGAUUCUUCCUCUCUGCGGGGACCAUGUCAAGAUCUUGAAUUCCCAGAGGGUCGGACGGCAGUAUUAUCUGGUAAUACCAACAAGGAAGUUCAGCCAGUGUUUUGAUGGCGCUGCAGCCAAAAUAAGUUUGACACUGUGUUUGUGAUAAAUGUCAGCAGAUGUCUUAAAGAUACAGGGUGUCGUUUAAGUUUUUCUUGUGGCUUUCUUAUUUAAAUGUGGUCACAAGAUUAGUUAUUCCUUCAAACCCCUGUCUUUAAAGAAAUUUGGGCGUGUAUGAACCUGCUCACCCAGAUAGAGAUCCCCCGACUCUUGAUUGACUUUUGUAACAUCUUAAAAUUCAAAUGGGUAAGAUGUCGCCCAAAGAUCAUGGAAUGAACAAGUGGAAAGCUUGAUCGACUUGUUAAGAUCGUCACAAUCGGUUUCCUGUGCAGGAAGUAAAACCUUAACAGGAAAGGGGGCCCCUCCCGUCCGUUGAGAUUUAACAAGCCCUACGCCCAACUUCAGAAGAAGUGGUGACCCCUUUUUUCCAAAUCAAUGAUGCCAAGUUUAGCCCACCUCAACUUAUUCAGAGUGACUUAUUUUUUACUUUGGUUAAGACACACAGCUUAAGUGAAGCAUCACAUCGUUGAAGGAUUAUUUGUAGUCCUUAUUAUAGCACCAACCAUGGAAAGGCAAUUUGACCGUCCGCUCAAAACGUUCUCUCACCAUUCUAACGAGACGCUAAAUCAAAAGAUGAAGACUUUCAGCAGUGCGCCAAGUUUGGUGAGAGACCAGAGCACACCCAAGACUAAACAUUACACUCCACGCACUCCACCUGUUGUGAAAUCACAAUGGAAGUUUACUGUUGCUCCCCAAAUGGUCAGUGAUCCCGCCAAUGAGGCGCAGUAUGAAGUGAUAAUGAGCGCCAAUGAAACAACGAGCCAAAUGAAUGGAAGAACUAAACCUAAGGUUCCCCCUCCAGUCUCAACCGUCAGUAACAAUCCCAACGAGCCGCAGUAUGAUACGAUAACGAGGAAUGGGAGUAUCCCAAACUUAACAAGCAGAGAAACACCCGACAGUACUGAUGGUACCAAGGAACCCUCGUGGCGUCAGUUAAAUCAAUCACUUGAACAACUCUUUAGCCCUACCGCUGAUGCAAAACAUGCAACUCCAACACAAUCACUGGCAAAUUUCAAACAAAUGAACGGCAGGACCGCAUCCAAAGGACCAUCCCCCACGGAGGAACCAAAACCAAACGAAGUCCAGCAAACUAAACCUCUGCCAAAUUACUACAAGUACAAGAUCAAGUCAGCAAUAUACCAUCGACGGCAACCCGAUCCCGCAUACCUCCAUCUUCUAGGAAUUAUAAACGUUCUCAGCCACAAACUAGCUUAUGUCGAGGAGAAAUUAAAUUGCCAAGAUGAGAUGCAGACGACAAUUAACUUUGAGGAAAUUGGUGAAUCUUCUACUGAUGAGAUUGUCUCGUCUUUGAACGAAACUGCCGCAGAAUCCCCAAUCAAGACAAAUGUACGGGCGGCCCAGACGACAGCCCUAACCAUGGAUUUACCCUUUUCCAACGGCAGUGUGAGAUCGUUGAACUCAGUGGAGUCUCGUAGCUCUGGUGGCUCAUCGGACUCCGUUGGAGAAUAUUUCAGCAUCAGAGUUAGGAUACCGGAAAUAGAUACACAGAGCUAUUUAUCGUUCAGAAGAGAUCGGCCGAUAUGGAACUCCAAAAUGCAGUUGUUGAAAACUGUCGGUUCUGCACUAACUGAUGGUUUAAACUACGGAUUCUACCUCCCACCUUCCCACGGUAAAGCCGGUAAAUUCUUGGAGGAGGAGCGACUUUUUAGUGAUUAUCCCACGGACCCAGCAAAUAUGCCGUUCCUUGAGUUUAAAUACAAGAGGCGAGUUUACAAACAGAUGAAGUUGGACAUAAAGGAAGUGAAGAAGUACCACAAUAAGUCCAAUGUCAAGAUGUUCUUUGAGGCAGUCAGGACUAAGAACAUCGAGAAGAUCGUAAAGAUGACGGGGAAAUGUAUGGAUUCCAACAUCCAUGAGGAAAGUACUGGAGAGUCUCCGCUGACAAUCGCUGCCACCUUAAAGAACUGCGGCGAUGUCAUUCAAGUCUUAGUCAGUGGGGGAGCUCAUCUUGACUUCAGGUCACGAGACGGCAAGACGGCAAUCCACAAGGCUGUGGAAAAGGGCAACCAGUCAAUCACAGAGUUACUGCUUGGUCUCGGAGCGUCGCCAAACAGCAAGGAUUUGAGAGGACUGACUGCCCUGUACUACAACGUCCAGAAGGGCGGGGAUCCUAUGAUUGCUGAAGUCCUGUUGAAAGACCGCACUGAUCUGAAUAUAAGUGACGAUCAGGGAUGGAAAGAGAUUCAUCAUGCGUGUCGUCAUGGUAGGAUCCAACAUCUACAGCUCCUGAUAUACUACGGAGCUGACAUUGACAGUCAGAAUGAGGCGGGCAACACCCCUCUACAUGUGUGUGCAAUAUACAAAGAAGAAUCAGCAGCGAGGAUGUUACUUUUCCGAGGGGCAGAUAAAUCAUUGAAGAAUAAAUCCAGCCAAACAGCAUUCCAGGUCGCCAUCGUGGCCAACAAUUUCCCCAUCGGAGAAAUGAUCCGAAACUACUCUGACGAGAAUGUUGUUCGACAACAAGAGUUGCCGUCAUACAAUAAUCGACGGAGAACAUCAAUGGCUGGGAAUUUGAACCGAGCGACGAGCGAGCCCUUUCUUGCCGGUAACUCUGUGGGUUGCAUCGCGGGGACCAGAAUGUCUAUCGCUUCGUCAUCGUCAUCUGGCUUCCCAGAGGAGGAGAAUUUAUCACAAGUAGAUUCUCCCACUACACCGAUCAGAACGGGUUCGGUCGGCUCGAUAGGGCAGGUCGGAACGACGGCCCGGAUGGUACAUCGGAAGAUUCAAGAUGCAAAACAAGGCAAGCUGUACGUUGCUGUCAAAGACUAUUCGGCUCAGGAAUACGGGGAGCUGACAUUGCGUAAGGGAGACUAUGUCAAAGUAAUGAGCAUCGGUGAAUUUAACUUCUGGGAAGGUGAAGUAGGCCACAUCAAGGGAUGGUUUCCAUCCUAUUGUGUGCAUGAGGUGACCGGUAAAGAGAAAGCACAGACCAUGAGAGAAAGAAAAGCCAACUAUCCGGAAAGCAUGUCUGCCAAGAAGGAGAAAGAGGAACCCGAGCCAAGAGUUGUAUUUGUGGAGAGAAAGAAGAAAGGUUUUGGCUUCAUCUUGCGAGGAGCUAAAAGUCCCCAGGGUGCGACAUCGGCCUUCAAGCCCAGUAAAGGGUUUCCUGCCUUACAGUACCUGGAGCAUGUUGAUAAGGGAAGCCCAGCAGAGAAAGCUAACCUCAAGAGAGGAGACUUUGUCCUGGAGAUCAACGGUCAAGACGUGACAGCUUCUCCCCAUCAGUAUGUUGUUAGUCUGGUGGUUAACUCCCCCGAUACCAUCGUCAUGAAGGUCAUCACGUUACCAGACUCUAAAGCGCUGGUCUGGCUGAACGAGGCCAAGAAAGGAUCGCUACGAAAGAAACCGCCUCCAGCUCAGCCAUCUUUAACAAAAGCAAAAGGUGAGAGGGCUCAGCAGGAGCUGAUGGCACUCUCGGAGUUAGAUGAAGCAAUUGCAGUAGCCGAGAAGACUCCAGAGGAUCAGACUGAAGCCACAUACGCCUCAAUCCGUAAGCGCCCUGUCUCACAGAAGUUCAGCCCCGAGCACCUCAGUCUAGUCUUUAAGAGACAAGGCAGUGAUCCCGCCUCUGCCACCAAUGAGCAACAGCCAGAGGCAAGAAGUAGUCUGAAGAAACCAAGCAUUCCUCUGGCUCCCUCGGCCUACAGAUUCAACACGAUCGCAAGGAUGUCAUCUUCAAAACAUGCUGCCAUUGCCAUCGCACCAACAGAAACAAUUGCUAUGGAAACGCAGACGCAGUUUGAUGAUGAUGACCAGCAGAUUCGAAGGAACUCCACCAGCUCUGAUUCUGCCGUUUCAUCAUUGCGUUCCUCACCAGCGUCGUCGUACUCCUACACAACGACGGUGUCUAAUGAUAGCGGAGUUCACAUGAAAGUAACUCCAACCGAUUGUGUGUCUCCCAUGGAACCCAUCAUGUCCCAGGUGCCUCCAGCUCCAAACUACCCGGCCCCCGUACCUCCUGCUCCCAGCUACCCAGCUCCUACAAACCCAAAGCUCCAGUCUCGAUCCCAAUCCCUGUAUGACCUGUACAGUGAUAAGCCACUCACUGCAAGCCCAGAAUCACCACUUGGCUCAAGAAGAAUGAGCAUGGGCCAGAAGCGUCCAAACAAGCCCCCUCCUCCCAUUCCGAAGAGAGAGUCCUCAAUCAGCGAAGGAAACCUUGCACAAAUGAGCACCUCUGAAAAGCCACGACCUGCCUCUCUUGCUGUUUCAAGUUAUGCAGAGAUCCCUGCAUCCCCUUCACCUGAAUCUAGUGGCUCUGAAUUCGCUAACGCCAUCGCGGCAGCCGCUGCAAAGAGAGAGCGCUUGCGAAGAGCCAACAGUGUUGACAGUUUAGAUAGUAUAGAACCAAAGACGCCCCUGCAGCUUGCCUUAGCAGCUCGGGAUCAAAGUCUGCAGGGAGGAAAUCAAAACAGGAACCAAAAUGCAGAGACGACUGUUUCCCAGGGUUCACCACAGAUGGCUCUUAAUGAAGCAAUCGCCAGACGGAAAGCACAUCUAGAUUCCAACAAAGACCCAAAUGAGAGCAUUGAAAACAAAAUAAGGAAAUACAGACAAUCUGAUUCGGCAAAGGGCAGCUCUGCAAAUCAAGCCUUGUUGACUGCCAUUGCCAAACGCCGAUCAACAAUUGAAAAGCAAAUUGCUGAUGACAGUGACUCCCAGUCAACAAGUUCUGAAGGAAGUUGUAAAAUCGCUGACACAACGCCAAUUAAAGAUGCUCCAACAGCACCAGGCAUCAAGGAGACUGACAUAGCUCAGGCGGCUGCUACAAUGAAGGCCCGCUUGGCCAGUAAACCCCCAGCAAAAGAGCCAGCAACUUCAUUUGGCGGCCACAAGAAUGUGAUCAAAAUUGUGCCUCGAGGUGAAGUCCACAAGUCAACCAGUCCUGCUUCUCAUUCUCCUCGUGAGAAUACAGACAGUGGACCAGAGACGGGGCCUUCUCAUCUCCCUCCCAAGUUGGAUAAAACCCCAAAGCCAGACCAUCACAAGCAUCCGUUGUCCCCAGUCAAGGAGAACGCUGGUGAAGAUACUCCCCUCCCUCCUCCCCCUGCAGCUUUCUUGAACUUUAACGCCCACCAAUCCAACGGACUUGCCGAUCCUGAUUCCCCUCUGGGUGACCAUGAUCAGUCUCUCCAUCGUAGAGAGAGGUCCUUCGACACGGCUAGUGUUGUCUCCUCCAUGUCUUCCAUGUCAACCAUGUCUAGCUUCAGCACUAUGUCGACGGAGCCUAGCAGCGACAUCUUUGAGCAGGAUGAAGAUGAUGCUAGGACAAGUACGAUGAAGUCCACCUCUUCGUCUGUGUCUUCAAACAGCACUGUCACCUCCAAGAGCUCAAAGCCCUCCCCCAAAGUGCUCCCAAAACCCAAGAAGAAAUCCCACCACAUGGAUGAAGAAACCACACCGGUAUCUGGUCACCACGAAGAGGUUCUUGACAACGCGGGAAGUCUCGUUAUUAACACAGUGCCAACUACCGAUGUCGACAACAAACAUAGCAUGACUAGUGCGUGGACCCAACAAGGUUCUAACGGAAACUCAAACAAUACAGAGGAGUGGCGGACCAAGCCCUUUUUGUCCUGGACACCACAGGAUGUAGGCUUAUGGUUGAUAGGCCUCAACAUGAGCGAACACCGGAGUAGCUUCGAGGAGAAUGAGAUUACCGGGGAGCACCUGUCGAGCCUGAGCAAGGAUGACCUCCAGGAGCUUGGGGUUGGACGCCUCGGCCAUCGGCUGACCAUCAUGAAGGCAAUCCAGCAGCAACUGCCAGUAUAAUCACCGGGGAGAAUUCUCACUCUUUUAAAGGCACAGGGGUCAAUUUCACAGAACUUACCUUACUUAAGAUUGAUCCUAGGAUUUAGGACUAGUCCUAGCCUUAAAGGCAGCGGACACUAUUGGUAAUUGCCAAAGACCAGUCUUCUCACUU